AUGAAACCGGAUCUACAUUUGGCAAAUGAACAGAGUUUGUGGAUCGAUGUUGCAAAUAUUCAAUUAUGGUAAGAUUUGGAAAAAUAUAGAAUGAACUUGUUUCAAAAAAUGCAUUUUUGAAAAAAAUACGUGACCUAAAUUCGUGGCAAAUUUACAUUUUGAAAAAAUAUCUUAAAAUUUGCCAUUUCUGAUUUUUUCAAGCUAUGAAAAUUGCCUAUGGAAAAAAAACUACGUCAUAACUAACUUCAGAAUUGAAGUUUUUCAGUUUCACCAAGCAGUAUGAAAAUAUUUCGUCACUCAACUUGAAAAACGUCGUCCAUUUUUCUGCUUGCUCAUUUUCUGGUCCAAUAGGUAAGUAAUAUUUUUCUAAUAAUUAGCGAAAAAAAAUGAUCGGGAAUUUUCAGCUCUCGCAUUCUCACAAUCUUCUUCUUCCUGGAUUGUUUCAAUUCGAACAUGUAGCGGACGAAUUCUCAAGCAAAACCUCGCAGUUCCGGAUGCAUUUUCGAUUGAAUGGACACGUGGACAUUGUUUAUUGGUUUUGAAUCGACGAGGACAUGCGGCUGUUUAUUCGUCACUCGGAGAACAAAUUUCAGAUAUUCAUUUUAGUAAUGUGAGAAUUGUUAUUGAAAUUAGGGGUCUACGGGGAUUGCUCUUUUCCGAAUUUAAAAAAUUCAAAUCCGAAUAUUUUAUAGCAUAUCCGAGAAGUUCAAUCGAGUAGAAUGUUUGCAACGUCGAGAGGUGAUUCUGGAAUUGCAAUUAUCGAUGAUGAAUGUCGUGUUUUUGUUGUUAAUUCAGUUUCUGAACCAAUUGUUUGGAAUAUUAAUUCUCGUAAGAUACGGUAACAUUAAAAAGCCAAGAAAUAGAUUUUUUCAGCUGUAAAAGAAGAAUUGACUGCUUGGAGCGCAUUUCAGCCGCAUUCUCAAUUAACUCACGUCCUUCUAAUAUUUGGUUCACAAUUUUAUAUGGGACAACAAGGAGAGCAAAUGACAAUUCAACCACAAGCUGCAUCUUGGGCUGAAAAUGCAAAAUAUAUUCAAUGUGUAAUUGAUGAUGCAAGAAGUCGAAUUGCUCUUUUAACUGAUACUUCGAUUAUUCAAAUUGUAUCAAUUGAUUUGGACACGUUAUUCACAAAUCUCAGAUUACCAUCACAUCAUAAUUUAUCAAAUUGUUUCGAUUUUGGAUGGGUCAAAACAUCGGUUCUUUUCGCUCAAAUUUCGCCAAGUCUCACACUUUUUAUCAAUGUCAAAUCGACAAGUUUAGAAAGAGAAAUGGCUAGUGUUUAUGAAAAACAUACGGGAAAUUGUAGAAUUGGAGUGGAGAAUGAUGGAAUCAGGAUAUUUGAGAAUAAUCAAGUGGAAUUUGCAACGGUUGCGAGUAAGGAACAGAAAACUGUUCUGGGAAUUGCGUCGUCCGAUGAUGGAGCACUUUUACAUGAAGCAGCGAAAUAUUUGGAUGGACCACUUGGACAUCAAUCUUUCGAAUAUGCUCAACAAGUUCAGGUAAAUUAUAAGAUGUAAUAUAAUAAGAUUCGGCGUUCUUAUUUCCCCAAUUACAGGAUAUGUUAAAAGCUAUUGAUGAUUGUAUUAUUGCGGCUUGUGAUUCUUGGCAACCUGAAUUACAAAAAUCACUUCUGAAAGCGGCAAGAUUUGGAAUGGCGUUUAGCUCAACAACAUAUGACACUUCUAAAUUGAUGAAAGCUAUUAGAGAGAUCCGUGUUUUAAACGAACUACACUCUAGUCGAACGGGAGUUCCGCUAACUCAUCGACAAUUGCGAGCAAUUGGUGAAACUUGUUUGAUCAAUCGAUUAGUUGAUAUGGGAUCGUAUAGUAUUGCAAUUCGGAUUGCACAAUGGCUUGGUGGAGAACAAAGUGAAAAUGUUGAUAGAGUUUUAUUGGAAUGGGUUAGAAGAGCGAUAAAUAAGGCGGCGAAAAGUGAACAGAGAUUUGAUAAACGCGCGAUUGAAGCUUUGGAGGAGAAGAUUUCCGCGAAAUUGCUGUUGUUUCCACAUGUUUCGAUUGCAGGUAUUCUUUGAUUUAUGAAAGAAUGAAAUUUGAAAAGUUGAAAUUUUGAAUUCAGAAAUUUGGAUUCGGAAUGACCUUCUGAUUUCAAAAAAAUGGGCAUUUUCCAUCCCAAAUUGAUUUGUUUCCAGACGCUGCAAAACGUGCAAUCGAAGCGAAUUUACCACAACUUGCCCGUCUUUUUAUUCGACGAGAAACCGAUGAUUCAAACCACGUUGCAAUUCUCCUACAAUUAGAUGAUGUUCCAGCAGCUCUCGAAAGAGCCGCCGCUGCUCAAAGACCACAAUUAAUUCAUCAAGUUGUAAGGCAUUUAAUGUCGAGUCAAAGAAGAGCUGAUUAUGAACUUGCGAUUCGAAAAAUCCCAUUGGCUCAAUGUUUAUAUCAGGAUUUGGUUCGACAAGAAGGCGAACAAGGAAGAGGAGUUUCGAGUAGGCAGAUGUUGGCAUUAUUGGAACAGGCGAGCGAUUUUGAACGGCAAACACUGUUUCAUUUUGAUGUGGCUGAAGUGGAGAGAAAUGUAUGGUUUUGGGGGCUUUUUUUUCAAAAUCAAAUGAAAAUUUCAACCAAAACCAAUUUUGAAUACAAAUCAAUUUUUCAGCCAUCUGAAAGACUAAAAUGCACUGCGUCGAGCCAAAGAUGCUGCAAAAAGUAUGGGCGACAAAGCGAUUGA